AAAAUGAUGACAUUGGAGACAAGAAGGAUGUUUAGCUGGUAAAAAAGUAAACAAAAAAAUAUCUCUGACGGUUGGCUAUAGAGAGGUAGAAUGGAGAUGUCAGAUCCGAACCAGUCGUCACAAGCUGUCUCAAGCUGUCUUAAGCUGCCACAAGCUGUCUCAAGCUGUCUCGAGUUGCCAAGAAAUGGUUGUAUAAUUAAGAACUCGAGCGGUGUGACCAUCAUAAACGGCAGUUCGAGCAAAUUUAGCAGUGUGACCUUCGUAAACGGCAGAGUAAAGGACAGUGUGAUUUACAGCAGUGAUGAGGGUAAGCUGAUCAUCAAUGGAUACACUGUCAGCAACUGUUCAGGAAAGAUAACUCUCACUAGCGAUUGUAGUGGAAGCGAGCCGAAGUCAUCCGACCCUGAAGCAGUUCGAAAAGCGCAAGAGAGGGCUUUUGAAAAAUACCAGAGAAGAAAGGAAAGAGCGGUGGAAAAAUAUGAGAGGAGAAUGGCCUGGGCAUUGAGGAGAGCGGAGAGGGCGGAGAGAAGAGCGCAAAAAGCGGUAGAAAGGGCGGAGUGGAGAAAGGCCCGGGCAUUGAGGAGAGUGGAGAGGGCGAAGAGGAGAAGUGCACGAGCGUUAGAACGAGUUGAGCGAGAACGGCGGAGGGCCCUUGAAAGAGCUAAACGAGGGCGGUCCCGUGCAAUAGAAAUAGUACGGGGGCCAAGGUUACGAGAAAUGGAGGCUGAAGAACUCUCAGAUGAGGAAGAAGAGGAUAGCACCAACGGGGGUGACAUCAACAGUGGAUCUGUCAGCGGUCAAGAGAAUGCUGAGACAUCUUGAACCACAGGAAACAAUACUACGCUUUGAGAAACAGCCCAGACCGUGAACCAGCUAGAUGAGCCAAGGUCUUGAAGGGCGAGCCAGGUUAAAACUUCUUUUUAUACACACAACAAAUGUAUGCCUCCUCUUUUAUUUAUUUUUUCAGAAUAUUUUAUAUCAACUUGAUACGGUAAAAUAGGAAAUAAAACAUUCUACUUUUUCCCCCAUUAAAAGUCAUCAAUCGCAUUUAG